AAGUAUGUAAAUGUAAAUAAAACAAAUGUCUUCAACGAACGAAAUAUUGGAUGCAACGGGCAGUAGCGACUCAUUAGACCCUAAUAAUUUACAAAAACAACUUGAAAUAGCAAGAAGAGAAAUAAAUAAUUUACGGCAACAGCUUACUGCUCUGAAUCAUGUGCAUCGCAAAGAACUCGAUUUUAUCAAUAAAAAGCUCUCCGACUGGCAAUGCACGACUUGUAAAACGAAUCAAGCGACCGCUUUGGAAUCCCCAACACCGACACCAUCCGAUUUUUCCGUGAAUUACAUCGGAAAAAUCAAUACAAACUUUCCAGAAAAGCGAGGCACUCCGAGGCAGCCCGGCAUUUGCAAGGAUUCGACCGCUAAAUUGCUGUUAAAUAACGUUUUCACGAAUCCAGCGCACGCCUUGCAAGGCCUACAGGACUUCUCUCACAUGUGGAUAUUAUUCCAUUUCCAUAAAAACGAUUCCAAUCACUCCAAAGCCAAAAUCGCCCCGCCGAGACUAAAUGGGGCCAGGACCGGCGUAUUUGCAACCAGGUCUCCGCACAGACCUGCCCCAAUAGGACUUUCGUUAGUUAAAAUUGAUAGAAUUAUGGAUAAUACGAUUUAUUUUAGUGGAGUUGAUAUGAUUAACGAUACACCUGUAAUAGAUAUUAAACCGUACAUCCCUCAAUACGACAACCCAGUGUACCUAAAUACAAACGAUCUAAGUACUCCCAGUACUUCAAGAACAGUCGAUAGAAUCCCAACUGUACAUCAUACUAUUAGUACCGAUAACACUCAAAUACUUUACAACGAACGGACGUUAGAAGGUGAAGAAAACGAGAGAAGAGACGAAGUAUUAGGAGCUGCUGUGGCAAAUACAGACCCAUCCAGAAACGAAGUUUAUUCAGCUAGGUCGAGUUCGAGAAUGGGAGAGAGGGAAGCGCCGGACGGUGAAGAGGAAGAACCUCCCAGGAACCCUCAGGCUUCCGCCAUCGAUGAACCUGCGGUUACUCCCGAUGGGCACAUUAGAGUUCCAACGUGGAUCGAUCAGCCGCCUAGAUUAACGGUAGUUUUCAAAGACAAGGCUUUGGCCCAAUUAAAUCAAUUAGGAGCAGAGGGAGAAGAAAAGAAAACUACCAUCGUAAACGUUUUGAGGGAGGACCCGAGGUCGGUUUAUUUGAGAGAAAGGUGGGGCAGUCACUGCUACGUGUUUAGGAUAGCGGAAUUGCACGUGUCUUGUAAGUUCAAUGAUAAUUCUCAUUUGGUAACGGUUUAUCAGAUAUUCCAAAGCGACGUCCCACAAGGAGAAGAAGAGUGAUUUCUUUCUUCUUUUAAACAUUUUUAUGAGUGCAAUCUAGAUGCCAACAUUUAAUGUUAAAAUAAAGUGUGCUCGUUAUAGAGAAAAAUAAGUAAAUGUACACCUAUUUUACCCAAUUUUUCCUGCAGAAAAUAUUAAUGAUUCACAUAUCCUGUUCAAACUGUGUGGAUCUCUGUGAAGUAGAAAUUUAGGUAAUGUAAGGACCAAAAUAAAAUAAUUUAGAUUUUAGAGGAAGCUAACUUGUCCCUGUCCUUU